GUAAUUUAACAUUUUUAGUGACAUGUUUCGUCAAAGUACCAUGCUUCUCCGGCAAAUCCAAAUCACCUCCAGAAAUCUUCCUUUCUGCACAAGUUCAAGUGUUUUUGGCCAGAAAUCUUAUUCUAAGAUCCGCUACUCUAAACGCAUUCUUGAGAUAAUGUCGGAAAGCAGUGAAAAAGUUAAAACUAUUGGAACGCACGACGGAAGAUUCCACUGUGAUGAAGCUCUGGCCUGUUUUAUGCUGCAAAGAUUGGAUCAGUACAAAGAUGCUGAAAUCAUCCGGACGAGAAAGGAUGAUAUCCUUGAUACCUGUGACAUCGUUGUGGAUGUCGGUAGUGUAUUCGACAAGGAGAAAAAUCGCUUUGAUCAUCAUCAGCAAUCCUUUAGCGAUACCCUGAGCACAUUGCGUCCAGAAUUUGGGAAGAACUACAAUGUCAGAUUGAGUUCAGCAGGAUUGAUUUAUGUCUACUUUGGAGAGGAUAUCAUAUCAGCCAUUUUGAAGAAGGAAUCAGGAUUGGAACUGGACAAGAAGUCCCUGAUGAUGAUCUACAGGAUGAUCUACGAAAAGUUUAUCCAAGAGAUCGAUGCAAUCGAUAAUGGGGUCCCAAUGUUUCCCGGAGAACCGACCUACACCAUCAAUACCAACAUCAACUCCCGUGUGCAAGACCUCAAUCAGAAAUGGAAAGUCGUAAAGGAGCCCUAUGACUCCAACGUUCACUUCAGGAAAGCCAUGGAACUAGUUGGAGGAGAAUUUAUUGAGAAAAUCCUGUAUUACACGGAAUCCUGGCUUCCGGCGAGAUCAAUUGUUGAAACUGCCUUAAUCAAUCGCCAGAAAAUCCACGAAUCCGGAAGCAUAAUCGAAUUAGACCAAUUCUGUCCGUGGAAGGAACAUUUGGCUCAACUGGAAGUUGAGCACAACAUUGAAGGCACUAUCAAGUAUGUGCUCUUCAAUGAACGUCCAUCAGAUUUCCGGGUUAUGGCAGUUCCGAUAAAUCCUGACAGUCUCCUUUGUCGGAAAUUCCUCCACAAAGACUGGAGGGGUCUUCGUGAAGCAGAACUAGAAAAGUUAUCCGGAAUACAGGGCAUUAAUUUCGUGCAUCACAACGGAUUCAUCGGAGGUGCUUUCAACAGGAACGCCAGUUUGGAAAUGGCUGUGAAGAGCCUCCAAGGAGAUUAUACUGAUUAAUGUAUUAAAAUGAUUUAAAUAAAUAUUUUUCCUAGAACUGGUUAA